CAUUACAGGCCACAUUUUGGCCUUUGUCAUGGCUAAAAAAACUGAGUUUUUUUUGUUUGUUGUUUUUUUAAAGUAAUUCCAUAUCUGAUAUGUUAUUCUCAGCUGAAGUCAGAUGAUUGUAUUAUCAGUUUUGUUCCUGUUGGGGGCGCUGUUUCACUGUGGUCCUGGUGUCGAGGCCGAGAGCGACACUAUUGAGGUGCUGAAACAACAUGCACUCAUGGUGAGCAAACCUCUGACCUGCAACAAGUGGGACUGCAACUGUACCUUUAAUCGCCAGCGAGACUGCUGCUGUGCAGCCAAUGACAUGUUCAAAUUAGAAGAGGAUACCUUCACAAGGAUGGCACACCUUUGGACGGAUCUCAUCUCACUAAAAUACAAAGUGAAAGGGCUCGCAGCUGGCACCAAGAUUGCCUUCAAUGCCUUCAUGAAUACUACUACUUCUGCAACCUCUGGUUCUUCUAUAAAGUGCUUCGGUCCCUUCAAUACUGAUGUGCCAAUCCCUUACACUGACGUCACUCUGAACCUGGGCUAUGGCUAUAACCCUUCCCUGGGUAUCUUCACUGCACCGUGUGCUGGCGUGUAUGUCUUCUCCUUCACAGUCUACUCAUAUGUGGGGGACGGUGGGCGCCUAUACCAUAAAGUCCAGCUGAAGAAGAAUAAUGUCGUGAUAGUCAGUGUGUGGGAGAACAAUCGUGAAGAUUAUGAAGAUAGUGGCAAUCAGGUGGUAGUGUUGGAGCUGUACAAAGGAGAUCAGGUCUACACUGAGCUGGCAUCUGGGAGGAUGCUCUGUGAACACAUGGAGCACAAUACCUUCACUGGUUACAUGCUGUACCCUGACACCUACGACUACUAUGACUAAUAACACAUUUUCAGACUUACCAGGACCUUAUAUAAAUUAAUUCAUCCUGGCUCAAAUGAGAUUGUGAUUCAUGAAAACACACUAGUGUUCUUUAUCACAUGUUGAUCCACCAGAAGUAGUGUUGUAAUUCAUAGUUUAACCCGUGCUGUAGAGAAGAAUGAGUCUUACACACACACACAGGUCAUAUCUGUGCACAGUUAGAAAACAGGAAUUCAGGUGUUUGGAAAUAUAAAUAUAUGGGCAUGCAUGUGGAUGAACUACCACCACUACAGUGACAGCCUGUGUACAGAGGAAGUGUGAAGUUGUUUUGAUUUUG